GAAUUCAAUCUCAAGAUUCCUCAACAUUCGAGCUCAGCAUAAGGGGCCCCUUCCAAUUACCGCAACGAAAGAAAAUACGCAUACUCGAAGAAGUAGAGAUCCAAAAACAUCAAUAAAGACAAACCGACAUGGUCCGCGUCAAACAUCGCUACCUCCUCCUCGACAUCCUCUACCCAGAACGCUCCUCCUGGCCCACCUCCUCAACGAGCAAAACGAAAUUGCCACCGCAGGCUGACGCCCAGCUCCGGAUCCACUCGCCUACCUCCGAUGCGCUGACGCCCGCCUUACUCGCGAAGAUGGUGAGGGAGGAAGUCGCGGAGAUUUUCGGGGACUGGGGCGUCGGUCGGCUGGGUGGUGUUGGGGCUGGCGGUGUUAGUGUCAAGUAUUUGUCGCCGGCCACGUCGACGGCUAUCAUCCGGUGUCCGCGCGCAUCGUUCCGUCUCGUCUGGACGGCUCUUACGUAUAUGUCGCAAGUACCAGAUUUUAAUAACGGUGGAAUGAAGAGGGGUGCUCCUGCGGUUGGGGUGAAGAUGCGCUCGUGUGUUUUUCGUGUUGUGAAGGUGUCUGGGACGAUGAAGAAGGUGGAGGAGGAGGCCAUUCGGCGGGCGCGCAGGGAGAUCUCGCGGUUGAAGGGGGCGGAUGAGAUGGGGGUUCUGGAAGGGUUGGCUGCGGCUGGUAGUGGGUUGGCUGCUGCCUCUGUGCGAGAUGUGAUGGAUGAGGACGAUGUGGAUAUAGAGAGUGAUGAUGAUGUGGAUUGACCAGGUUCCAUCGAAUGGGCGAUGUGUGUUCUCUCGUUGCAUCAUCAGGAGUUUGUGUUUGUUAGAUUGUUUGUUCAUUAGAGAUACCCUAUAAUACAUGUACAGAUAGACCAUG